AUGAUGCACCGAAGUCGCCAGGCCAGCCGUGCCCUCCGCGCCGUCGCCAACAGGCCCUCCUUCAUUCGCACCCUCACCACCUCUCCCGCCGUCUCUGCCGUCCAGGCCAUCAAGAAGACUCCCUCCGGCGUGAGGAAUCAAGCCACCUCCGCCACCAACCCGGCACCAGGAGAUGUCCGGCCCCCUCCCGCCUCUGGCUUCAAGCAAGCGGACGAGCAUGUCCAGCCUCUUGUCGACCCAAAGGCGCCCGAGAUGGACGAGUCAUUCAUUGGCAAGACGGGUGGCGAGAUCUUCCACGAGAUGAUGCUGAGGCACAACGUCAAGCACGUCUUUGGUUACCCCGGCGGUGCUAUUCUGCCCGUUUUUGACGCCAUCUACAACUCCCCACACUUCGACUUCAUCCUGCCCAAGCACGAGCAGGGUGCCGGCCACAUGGCUGAGGGCUAUGCCCGCGCCUCUGGCAAGCCCGGUGUCGUCCUCGUCACCUCCGGUCCCGGCGCGACCAACGUGAUCACGCCCCUCCAGGAUGCUCUCUCCGACGGCACGCCCAUGGUCGUCUUCUGCGGCCAGGUCGUUACCACCUCGAUUGGCAGCGAUGCUUUCCAGGAGGCCGACGUUGUCGGCAUCUCCCGCUCUUGCACCAAGUGGAACGUCAUGGUCAAGAGCGUUGCCGAGCUGCCCCGCCGUAUCAAUGAGGCUUUCGAGAUCGCGACCAGCGGACGCCCCGGCCCCGUCCUCGUCGAUCUCCCCAAGGAUGUUACCGCUGGUAUCCUGCGGAGAGCCAUUCCUACCGAGUCCGCCAUUCCCUCACUGCCCAGCGCUGCGACGAGAGCUGCCAUGAGCCUGAGCAGGAAGCAGCUCACCGCCUCCGUGAAGCGCGUCGCCGAUCUCAUCAACAUUGCUAAGAAGCCCAUCAUCUACGCUGGCCAGGGUGUUAUUCUGUCCGAGAACGGCCCCGAGAUUCUCAAGGAGCUCGCUGACAAGGCCUCCAUCCCCGUCACCACGACCCUGCACGGUCUGGGUGGCUUCGACGAGCUUGACGAGAAGUCGCUGCACAUGCUUGGUAUGCACGGUACCGCCUACGCCAACAUGGCCAUGCAGGAGGCCGACCUGAUCAUCGCCCUCGGCGCCCGUUUCGACGAUCGCGUCACCCUGAACGUCGGCAAGUUCGCCCCUGGCGCCAAGGCUGCCGCUGCCGAGGGCCGUGGUGGUAUUGUUCACUUUGAGAUCAUGCCCAAGAACAUCAACAAGGUUGUUCAAGCUGUCGAGGCUGUUGAGGGUGAUGUCGCCACAAACGUCUCCAUGAUGCUGCCUCAUGUUGAGAUCCGCUCCAUGGCCGACCGUAGCGCUUGGUUCGACAAGAUCAACGGCUGGAAGAAGCGCUGGCCCCUUUCCGACUACGAGCGCACUGAACGUGGUGGUCUCAUCAAGCCUCAGACCCUGAUUGAGGAGCUCAGCAAGAUGACGGCCGAUCGCAAAGAUAACACCUACAUCACCACCGGUGUCGGUCAGCACCAGAUGUGGACCGCUCAACACUUCCGCUGGCGCCACCCUCGUUCCAUGAUCACCUCUGGUGGACUCGGCACCAUGGGCUUCGGCCUGCCGGCUGCUAUCGGCGCCAAGGUCGCCCAGCCCGACGCCCUCGUCAUCGACAUUGACGGCGAUGCCUCCUUCAACAUGACCCUGACGGAGCUGUCCACCGCUGCGCAGUUCAACAUUGGCGUCAAGGUCAUCGUUCUGAACAAUGAGGAGCAGGGUAUGGUCACGCAAUGGCAGAACCUCUUCUACGAGGACCGUUACGCCCACACCCACUCGGUCAACCCCGACUUCCAGAAGCUUUCCGACGCCAUGGGAGUUCAGAGCCGCCGCCUGGAGAAGCCUGAGGAGAUCCAGGAGGCCUUGCGCUGGCUGAUCGAGAGCGAUGGACCCGCUCUCCUUGAGGUUGUUACGGACCGCAAGGUGCCCGUUCUGCCAAUGGUGCCUAGCGGCUCCGGCCUGCACGAGUUCCUGACCUGGGACAGUGAGAGGGACGUGCAAAGGCGCAAGAUGAUGCGCGAGAGGACUGGCGGCAGACACGGCUAA